UUUCUUUUCAUCCAUUCACCUUUUUUUCUUCUGUCUAUUCAUUUAUCUUCUCUUUCUUUUUCUUUGUCUGUAUCUUCUUCAGAUCUUCUAGUGUGAAUAUUGUAUAUAUUCAACAUUCUCAAUUCUAAACUAUACCUUUUUUCCUGUCUUUCUCUUUCUCUUUUCUUUUUCCUCCCUCUUUAAAGAAAAUUAGAAAAAAUUGUUUUUCUUUCUCUCUAAUUUUGUGGCUUUUCUUUUAACCAAAUUGUGAUUCUAACUGAUUCUCUCUCUCUUUAUUAUGGACAAAAAGAGUCUCAUUUAUUAUCUGAUAUUUUGAUAUAUAUUUAUUAUUAUACUUCUAUCAUCAUCAUCAUCAUCAUAUAUAUAUUGUGUUUAUUUUGUAUCUUUGGACGUGUUUCAUCAUUCAUCAUCAUCAUAGAUGAUGGGAGGAACAUGGUUGGAUUCAGAGGAGAAAACUAAAAUGGCCCGAUACAGUAAAUAUCUUGAUCUGGUUCCAAUAGCUUUACUCCAAGAGUAUGGUGUUGAUGCCAUACUCACUGCAUGGCCAUUAAGGCAAAUAUCAAAGAAACCCAGAUUACAUCCCUAUGCUGUACCUUGGAAUGAUUCUCAGCAUAAGUUUAUCUCGCCUCCAUAUUUGAGAAAUGAUUCAUCUACUAUUUCUGUUAAUGGAGGUGCUGGUGGAUCGGGUGCUAGUAGUAGUAGUAAUAAUAAUAGUACUUCAAAUGGAGGAAAUAGUGUUAACUUUCUAACAAAUGCUACAGGACUUCCCAUUCCAUCAACAUCAACCAACGUUCCAAAUUUAACAUUAAGCCUGGUAAAUAAUAAUAAUAGUAAUAAUUCUAAUAAUGUUAAUAACAAUAUAAAAGUGUAUAGAAGUAGGGGAAUUCUCAACGAAUGUAACUAUUCAAAUUCUUUUAAAAAAAUUGAUACCCUUGGUAACAAAGGUCGAGUUGUAACUGGUAUUCAUGGAGCCUUAAUACGUCCUGAUGGAACUCGUAUCAAUAACAUUCAAACUCUCAAUUCAAGGACUCAUUUACCAAGUAGCCCAUGUUAUUAUCCGAUUCCCGUUUUUUAUAAUAAUUCUGAUGGAGGUCCUGUUGGCAGAAUAAUCAAUAAUGGUCAACGAUAUUCUGCUGUUUUCUAUCCACCAGUUAGAGUAUUUAAAGGUAAUCAAACAAAGAGCUUAGAGCAAGAUGAGAGAAUGCGACGUGAAAAAUUGAGAAAAUUAAUUUUCAAUUGUACCGUUGAUUUAUCCAUUUCAUCACCACUCACCUGUAAAUUACGUGAAAGACUAUCAUCAAUUCUUCCCAAAGUCCCUGUAACCCUUUCUCAAGGAUACGAGAAAUUCUGUACCACCAGUUUAAGGUCUCAAUAUUCAGAAUAUCAACCUUAUCAUCAUAACCAUUUACAUCCUCAAUUUAAACCAUCUCGAACCUUGAGAUCCAAUACAUCUCUAGCAGAUGAGAAAAUAUCUUCAUCAUCAUCAUCAACAUCAUCAUCUUCAUCUAGCUCAUGUUAUGUUCACCAUUAUACAUUCAGCCGUAAACAGCGUCAUAAUAGAUGGUCACAGAUUGAAGAUAAGUACAGUUCCAGUCAAAAGCGUUACACCGAAAAGCGAAAAUAUGAAGAGAUUGAAAUUUCUUCUGGAUCUGAUAAUUCUAAUGACAGUGAGAUUAGAUUAAAUCCAAACUUGGUUAACUGGUCACCGACUCCAGUUAUUUUAUCGUUUCCAAUGAUCGAUUUUGAUGAGAUCGCUCAAGCUCAACGAGAAGCCAUGUUACAAUCCCAGUAUGAAUUACAGAAUCCACCCUAUGUAAUUUCCUUUGUUCCCGAUGAGAGUAAAAAAUCCGUGCCGAGUAAAAAUUUUUCUGACCUACCUCCAUCUUUGGGAUACGAAAUCAUUUUAGAACCAAUUAAUACACUUGCACAAUCAACUGUAUCAUCCUCACAAGUAUCCGUUCUUCAAGAAUCGUCAACGUUACCUGGUGAUACACAAGUAACUCUUGAUGUUGAAAAACGUAUAAUAACAUCAACUAUCAAUAACACUGAUGAUAUCAAGACAGAGGUUAAAAUUAUCGAAAAGUCAACAAAUGAACAAUCUAAAAAGGAAGUGAUCCCAUUGAGAAGAUCUUUAAGGAGAGAGCAAAGUUCAAAUAAAAGUGAUAAUAGUUCUGUGUCCAAUGGUACAUCUCGAUCUUCUAAAAGAAUAGAAUCACAAAGAACUAAUUUCAAUAAAACUCCAUCGGUCUGUGAUAUAACCCUUUCCAAUGUAACUGAUGAUAAUAAUACCAAACCAAGUUUCUCAAAGCAAAUAUUGAAAACUGAGAAUGUUGUGGUUAGACAUGUUUCUCCAUCAAAUGAUACAGAUAUUAAAUGUAAACCACCAUUCAGAUCAACUAGACGAAAUGAAGAGAAGAUAAUCUCAUUGGAAAAGACAACAAUUAAUCUCAGAAAAGUGAAUCAACCCUUACGUCAAUCUAAACGCAGCAUGGACGAUGAAGUAAUGGUGAUCAGAGCCAAAGAUGACUUACCUAGGAAAAAGGUUGAAACUGAUGAUGUUGUUAUGAUUAAAGUAAUGAAAACCUCUAAAAAGCCAAGGUUAAGAAAAUAAUCAAUCUAAACGUUUAUCCUCAUCUAUUAAAUUCAAUUGAUAACGUUAUCUUCAUCAUCUCUUUACUAUCAACCAUCUCAUCAUCAUGAUUCUCAUCCAACUUCUCACAUCAACAUUUCUCCAUCAAAACUUUUUCCACCAUCGAUUCUUUCAUCUUCACUAUGCCAACAUCUUUUAAAAUCUUUUCUCUUUUUUUUGCUCGUGAGAAUCGUUACUUUUUUCUCAUAAUCUUUUUCGGAAUUCACCAACCAUGAUGGAGCAAGAUCGCAUCAAGUGUAUGAUUUAUUCUAAAUCCUGGAGAGAGAGACGCAUCUUCUAAAUACUUAUUAAUAUUUACGAAAAAACCAACAAACAAACAACUAAAAAAGAUAUAUAACUCCGAUGGAUUGUCAAUAAUCAAUCUCAAUUCGGAUAAGAAAGAAUAUAAAAUCAUCUUAUAUUUAGAUUCCUAAACGAAAUCAUCUUCAGUUUUAAAACAAAGUGAACAAAAUCAACCCCCACAGUUGGACAAUUUAGAUCAUCAACGAAAACAACUAAUCUCUUCAUCUGUAAUCAAUCGAUUUGAUACCAAUUUAGAGUCCAGUUUUUUUUCCUCCAAAAUAUUUAUCAAUUUUUUUUUCUAAUUUACCUGCCAUCCUCUUCACCCUCAUCCUCAUCCUCAUAAUCAUCAUUACUUUGUCACCUUUUCUCCUCCCUAUCAUUUUGCCUUGUUACAAAACAAAAACAAAAUGAUGCACUUAUUGUGCUGAUUAAAAAGGUAUAAAAACAAUUAA